UAUAUUUAUCGACGCAAUCGAGCUCACCAUGAUGUCUGUCGAAUUGUUCUUCGUUUUCUAGUGAGAUUUCGCCUUAAAUUCCCGUUGUUAAAAGUCAAGAGGACAAUUUUUAGUCAUGGCUGAAGUCCAAGAUCUGAAUUUAACGUUUUCUGGAUGUGGUUUUUUGGGAAUCUAUCAUCUCGGAGUUGUGUCUUGCUUGAAAGAAAACGCUCCGGCGCUCUUGAAACGAGUAAAAUGUUAUGGCGGCGCGAGUGCUGGUUCCUUUGCCGCAAUUGCGUUGCUUUUAGACUUAGAUGUUAGUGACAGUGCUGAGUUUGUAAUCAGACUGGCUAAAAGAGCGAAUUCUUUAACGCUAGGACCCCUUCAUCCAAGCUUCAAUGUCGUCAGAACUCUUCGUCGAUCAUUCGAAAGGAUUCUGCCUCCCAACGCACAUGAACUCGCCAGUGGAAGGCUUCAUCUGUCGUUAACAAGAAUUUCUGAUCUCAAAAACGUUAUUGUGUCUGAGUUCUUCUCUAAAGAAGAUCUUGUUGAGGCUUUGAUUGCUAGCUCAUAUGUUCCUUUCUACUCUGGAUUCCUUCCUGCAAAAUUUAGGGGAAAGUACUAUGUAGAUGGAGGGAUUUCUGACAAUCUCCCGCAGCACUUCAAAGAAGGUGAAACCAUAACUGUUUCGCCUUUCAGUGGUGAGAGUGACAUCUGUCCCAAGGACAGUUCUUCAAAUGACUUCCACAUUGAACUUCGAAAUACCAGCAUGCAGUUUACACUACAGAACCUGUACAGGUGUUCCCGUGCAUUCUUUCCUCCACAACCAGAUGUACUUUUUGAUAUGUGCAAGCAAGGAUACAGAGACACGCUGAGAUUUGUGAAGCAGCAUUAUCCAGAGACUCUAAGGAAAGUCCCAGUCCAAAGGCCUUCCAUGUCUCAGUAUCUUCACUCAUCUUGGUCCAAGUCCAGCCAUGGACUUGACAAACAACAGAUCAGUGUCAGCUCACUGUCUGCAUACAACCCAUACAGUAGUGGAGAAGGAGAUGCCUUUACAAGUUCCGAAAGUGAUGAAACUGAUAAUGAAUAUUCAACAGAAUUAGAGGAACAAGGAGAGUCCAAGCUCACCAUCAUACUUCACCGUACAAGUGAGGCUGUGAAUGAGGCUGAACUUUGGUCAUGCUUCUUCAUUCGCCGGGUGUUUUGGGUGUUGAAACUUGCAGCAAAACCAUGUGUGAUUUCUCUGAAACAGAUCUCACAUCUUGCAAACAUAAUCCUAGAGUCACUACCAAAAGUGGAGAAAACAGGAAAUGAGUUCCUCGAUGAGCUGUUAUCCAUGGUUUAUAUGGUGAUUCACACCUACCAGGACAAGCAUCAAGUCCAGUGCUGGAAAAAGUCUGGACGAGCCAUAACUUCAGGACAAUGGCAGGAAGACAUUGCCUGUGUAAAUGAAGGAAGGUCUAGCGAAAAUGACCAACAGCAAGUCAAGCAUUCUGAUGAUGACAGUGACAUAGAAGUCUUAGUGGCAGAAAAUACAGAAAGCUUAAUCCAAAGUGCAAUGAGAUGGGAUGAUAAUGUUAGUAACCGCCCAUUUAUUACUGCCAGCGAUAGACACAGCAGUCAGAAUCUGACAAGAUGCCAGUGUCAAGGAGCAAGUAAUGUAGACAAAGCCCUUGCAGUUUCAGAUGAUUAUGUUGUCUUAGAUGGUUAUGAGACUGAUGUCGAAUCUGAAUUCAGUGGGAAUGAAGAACUUCAGGAGUGCCAAUAACAAGGCCUUGUACAAACUGCUGUGGCCUAAUUAUUUACAGUUGUUGAUGAGCAUUUUUAGUUUUCUUACAGACAAGAAUCAUAGGAAUCUCUGGCAUUAUUUUGUAAUCAAAGAUUAAGACAUUUAGGGUUCUUCUCUCAGAAGAAAACAGACAUUAUCAGGCUAAGUUUGUUCAUUAUGUGCAUGGGCUACUUAACUCACAGACAUGAGAUCAAAAGAUAUUUCUGGGAAAAUAUAAUAUAUAUAUAAAAGGACGUCAAGGAAACUCAGAUAUCUGUGGAAAGACAAACCUAUUUAAAAUUGCCAGAAAAUUUUUAAAUGGUUUAGUAAUUCUUUGCUGGGCAGGUCUUUACUAGCUUGUGCUUAAGAGUUUGAUGACUGUGUCUUGUCAUCUAUCAAGAGGGAAACUGCAUUAACUAAGUAGCACAAUACAAAAGGAAGCUAUUAUGUUGAAGUAUGUACAACAACUGAAAAUUAUGAUGGGCCAAAUUUCUAUUUUAUUAGGAAUACAAAAGGUAAAGUCUUAUUCAAUUUGCUUUUUCCAUGGUGUUGACUAGACAGGUAUUUGGUUUGGUGCAAUGGUAAUUGUACAGAAAUAAUUUUAUUGUAUAAAGAUAUUUGAUUUUAGUCUCUACACAAAAUUGUGGUAUGAAGAAAUAUAUAAUAAAUAAAACCACUCAAAUUUUAAUUAGAAUGAGCAGCAAAUAAUUAUGGCCUUGUAAUUAAUAUUAUUGCUGUAGUUUUUUAAAAGUUUACCACUGGGAUAUUUUAUACAUGAAUGCAAAAGAAAAUUGCCAUUAUUUUCAUCUGAUGUACAGUAUGAGUU